AUGGCAGCUACCCCCCUCAACAACGCUGCCCUUCAGGGUAACUAUGAUGUUGACUACGUCAUUCGCUAUACCUUUGGGGGACCUGACCGCCAGGAAGCAAAAGAGCAGCUCAGCAGCCUCUUGCAGACUCUUGCGGGGGUGGGGUUCCUGACCGAAGUCAGACCAGGAGACAGAUCGUCUUUGCUCAUAUUUAUUCGAGCACCGCAUAAGAGUUUGCUGCGGGCUACGCAUACUACACGCGUCCGCGACUGGCUCUACGGCCUCCGCAAUACCAAACCCGACCGCACCUCCUCACCUGGUCCCCAGACAGAUGCGGAACGCCUUCGAGCAAUCUACUACAUCCUAACAGCGCCCGCCUCCGAUGGUGGUGCAAACAUCACCCCCAAAUUCGGAAAAUGGAAGAAUGUCGAUUCCUUAUUUCCUUUGCAUGAUGACAAGACAAAUCAGGCCUGGAUGCGCGAUUGGAGUAAAAAAACGUUUUUAACGAGCGAAGAUCUGGACCAAAUCCGAGACAAGUUCGGAGAACAAGUCGGGUUUUAUUUUACGUUUUUGCAGACGUAUUUCAGGUUUUUGUUUUUCCCGGCGCUGUUUGGGUUUAGUUCCUGGUUGAUGUUGGGGUAUUAUUCGCCUGUGUAUGCGGUUAUCAAUUGCGUGUGGUGUGUGGUGUUUGUGGAGUACUGGAAACGACAAGAGUUGGAUUUGGCGCUCAGAUGGCAGGUUAGUGGAGUGUCGGUGUUGUCAUCGAGGAAUAGGAGUUUUAAGCCGGAGAGCGAGGUCAGGGAUGAGGCUACGGGAGAGUUGAGGCCGGUGUUUCCUUGGACAAAGAGGUUGCAGAGACAGCUUCUUCAGAUUCCGUUUGCAUUCCUUGCGGUUAUUGCACUUGGUGCUGUGAUUGCAACUUGCUUUGCCAUUGAGAUUUUUAUCUCUGAGGUAUAUAAUGGUCCUUUGAAGUCGUACUUGGUUUUUAUCCCCACCGUCCUACUCUCUUCCAUCCUCCCUAUCGCCAGUACCAUCCUUACUCAGCUAGCAAAGCGACUUACAAUCUUUGAAAACUACGAAACCAAAGAAGAGCACGAUGUCGCCUUUAUCCAGAAGAUGCUUGUCAUCAAUUUUAUUACUUCUUAUCUGGCCAUCUUCCUGACGGCAUUCGUCUACAUCCCUUUUGCGCAUGUGAUUGUCCCAUACCUCGAUGUCUUCCGAGCAACCGUCCGUCCCUUCAUCUCUCCUGAAGACGAAAAGACAAUCCAUCACUCCGAGUUCAAAAUUGAUCCAAACCGACUCCAAAAACAAGUUAUUUACUUCGCGGUGACCGCGCAAAUCGUCAACUUCUUCCUUGAGACCGUCCUUCCUUUUAUCCUUCAGCGUUUAAGCUCAAGAUACAAGAAGUACUCUGAGGAGAAAGCAAUCGGCCGCGAAAAAGCAAGCGCCGCCUACGACGACCACCCCGACGAAGUCGAAUUUCUGAAAAAGGUCCGCGAAGAGGCAGAUCUACCGGAAUACGACACAACCGACGAUUUGCGACAAAUGGUCAUUCAGUUUGGAUAUCUAUCACUCUUUUCAACCGUCUGGCCACUUGUCCCGGUGUCAUUCUUGUUCAAUAACUGGCUGGAACUGCGCUCUGAUUUCUUCAAAAUUUGCAAAGAAUUCAAACGUCCCGUCCCGGAACGCGCCGAUACCAUCGGUCCCUGGCUGGAUACUUUGGGCCUUUUGGCUUGGAUCGGAAGUAUCACCAGCCCCGCUCUCGUGUAUCUGGCGCGCAGUCAGGGCUUAGACUCCGGCGACUGUACUAGCUCAAGCCAUAUCCGCGGAUGGGUGUUCAUGACUACCAUCUUCUUCUCGGAACACAUUUAUCUUGCCGUCCGUUAUGCGGUCGAGAAGACAAUGGCCAAGAUCGAAAUGCCGAGUAUUGCCCAAGAACGGAUUCAGAAGAUUCUGAUGCGCAAGGAGUUUAUUGCCGAGAUUCCGGAAGAGUCCCUGUCCCCCGAAAUGGAUGAAUUUGAAGGCGGCGCUGCCGGCGAGCCUAGACAGAUUACUCGAGCAAAACUGGAAGAAGACGCCCGUGCACGCACACUACAUGAUGCGCGUCCGUCAGACCCGUUCUGGGAACGACAGAAGAAUUGGAGGGAGGCGCUGCAGAUCGGGGAUCGGAUUAUUGAUGCGUAUCAGAGUGUGGAGGAGAAGAAGAAUGACUAG